CUGCUAAAGUGGAAGGAUGAGGAAUCUCCAGUUGGUUGUGGUGGCAGCAUUUACAUUCUCUCUCUUGCAGACUGGAGCUUCCCAAUGCGAUGUUGUGAGGCUAGCUGCAGCAGUACAUGAGACACUGAGUCCAUUCAUGACUGAAAUGAGGGAGAGUCUUGCUGCUGUUAAGACUGAAAUGAAACAAGAAUUAGCUUUUGUUAAGACUGAACUAAGAGAAGUUCAGUCUCUACUGAUCUCAGUCAAUACUAGUAUGAGUGAAGGACUCUCGGCAGUCAAUACUAGUAUGAGUGAAGGACUCUCGGCAGUCAAUACUAGUAUGAAUGAAGGACUCUCGGCAGUCAAUACUAGUAUGAUUGAAGGACUCUCGGCAGUCAAUACUAGUAUGAGUGAAGGACUCUCGGCAGUCAAUACUAGUAUGAGUGAAGGACUCUCGGCAGUCAAUACUAGUAUGAUUGAAGGACUCUCGGCAGUCAAUACUAGUAUGAGUGAAGGACUCUCGGCAGUCAAUACUAGUAUGAGUGAAGGACUCUCAGCAGUCAAUACUAGUAUGAGUGAAGGACUCUCGGCAGUCAAUACUAGUAUGAGUGAAGGACUCUCGGCAGUCAAUACUAGUAUGAGUGAAGGACUCUCAGCAGUCAAUACUAGUAUGAGUGAAGGACUCUCGGCAGUCAAUACUAGUGUGAGUGAAGGACUCUCGGCAGUCAAUACUAGUAUGAGUGAAGGACUCUCGGCAGUCAAUACUAGUGUGAGUGAAGGACUCUCGGCAGUUAAGACUGAACUUCAAGAACACAACAACCAGACAGCCUCAGAGCUAGCAGGACUGGAGACCAACCAGGAGACCAUUGACUCCAAGUUAGACUCUCUGGACUUCAAACAAGAUGGUCUCAGUAUGACAGUGACGACUGUGCACUCUGAACUGGAGCGAAAUGUACUGACCAAUGUUACAAAGGAACUGAAGAAGACUGCUGACUAUAUACCACACACAUAUGACCUGUUACAAACUCUCCUUAAUAGCCAGGAUGAGCUGCAACUAAGGGUUCUGAGUAACAUCACAAAGAAGCUAGAGAUGUCAGCUGAAUAUCAUGUGACCUCAUUUGAAUCUACACUGGCAUCUGGACUGGCUUCAGUGGAUGCUGGUAUCAGGAAUGAACUACGGAAAAUUGAAGGACAGAUUACCAAGAACUGUACUGCAGUUGGAGCAGAUAUUUUGUCCUCUAUUGCUGGUGAAUUUGAUGUAGUCGUGAAUAACCAAAACACCAUCGAACUCCAGUUAAAAGUCCUCAACAACAAUACGAAGGAACUAAGGCAGUCAGCUGAGAAUCAUGUGACUUCAAUUCAAUCCCAACUGACACUAGUGGACGCUGGCAUCCGGAACGAACUAAGGAAAAUUGAAAAUCAGAUUUCAAAGAACAGCACUGGACCAGAGAGAGUCGAGUUUGAGACAUUCUCAAGUGAAGAUGUACUGGAGACACUAGUGUCAGUCAAUACUAGCAUCUCUGGACAAGUGAGCCACAUCAAUGAAGGUCUGGAGCAUAUCAGUAGCUCUGUGACAGUGUGA